UCGAUCUUCAAAAACGCGCAGACUCCACACAGACGUGAAAACAAGCUAACAACAGCCUGUUUUCGUAGACUUCCAGUGCAUGCAUUCCGGUUGAGCGAGGUGUAUGUACACCUCACAAGGCCUGAGGAGGUCCGAAUUGCGAUGAGCGCAGGACCGGCUCUUCUCACUUCCACGCGCUGUGUCGCACCCCUUUCUUGAGUUUUUUGAAUUUCUUUGACGGACGUUUCCUCUCAACCGUUUUUCUUCUCCCGAGGAAAUCUCUUUACGUCUCUGUUUUUCUGCCGCAAACGACUCUGCGUCUCCUGAUCUCCUGAAUCCCCCCCAAAGCUGGAGUUGCAUGCGUUUUUCCUCGGACUGCUGAGCGGUCGUUUUCCGCAGUUUCUUCUUUUCCAAAGUCUACACUCCUCAUCGUUUGUCUGAAAGAACUUUUUGACGCGAAAAAAUGCGUCGCUAGCCUCGGCGCCUCUCGUUGUGGUGUAUCUUCUCGCGAUCUGCGGGUCGGCAUGUUUCCGCGCUCUUGGAAGAAAGGCAAUCGAAGCUGAGUUUUUAGGAAUUCCAUUAUUCUUCUCUCCCGUUUUUUUCGUUCCGUCUCUCCUCUGCAGAAUCCGUUGUCUGGUCUUUCUCCGUCUUUUUUCGCUCGACCCUUUCUGUGUUCAACGCGUUAGGAACCUUCCUCCGUUGCUUUUUUCGGCCCUCCUCUUCCCUCUUCUACGCUCUCCACUCACCUCACUUCACAGACAAAAUGGAGACCUCUUCUCCUUCCUCUUCUUCUUCUCUUCCCAUCUCUUCUCCGCCUCUCUCUUCUCCUCUCCUGUCUUCUUCCUCUUCCUCUUCUUCUUCCUCUUCUUCUUCCUCUUCUUCUUCUCCUUCCUCUUCUCCUUCCUCUUCUUCUUCUUCCUCUUCUUCUUCCUCUUCUUCUUCCUCUUCCUCUACUACUUCUUCUUCUUCCUUUGCUCGCAGCGCAGUCGUCGUGGUGAUUGUCGGAAUGGCCGGCAGUGGAAAGACGACGUUCGUUGCUGGGCUGCAGAGACAUUUGCGCGAGGUCUGCGGAAAGCGCGUGUACACCGUGAACUUGGAUCCCGCUGUCGUCUCUCUCGGCUACGAACCGAACAUCGACAUCCGCGACACCGUCGACUACAAGAAGGUGAUGCAGCACUACCGGCUCGGGCCGAACGGAGCAAUCUUGACUUCUCUGAACUUGUUUGCGACCAAGUUUGGAGACGUCCUGCAGCUGCUGGAGCAGCGGCGCGCCACCCAUGACGUCAUUCUCGUCGACACACCCGGCCAAAUCGAGGUUUUCACCUGGUCCGCCAGCGGAACCAUCAUUUUGGAGAGCUUGAGUGCGUCGCUCCCCACCUGCGUCUGCUACGUCCUCGAUACGCCCAGAUGCUCCAGACCUGUCACGCUGAUGAGCAACAUGCUGUACGCAUGCAGCGUCUUGUAUAAAGCGAAACUCCCUUUUCUGGGCUGUUUCAACAAAGUCGACGUCGCGAACCACCGACUCUGCCAAGAGUGGAUGGUCAACUACGACGCCUUCCAGGAGGCGCUGUUGACGGACGAAAGUUACCUGGCGAGUCUGAGCCGGUCGAGUGCGUUGAUGCUUGUCGAAUUCUACCGAGUCAUUCAGACUGUCGGUGUCUCCUCCGUCACAGGCGAGGGCAUGGCAGAUGUGGUGAUGCAGUUGGAGAGAUGUGCGGAGGAGUACCGAACAGACUUCCUGCCUUUUCUAGAGCAACAGAAAAGAACAAAGGAGCAGAGAGCUCGAGAGUCUGCUGAAGCUCAACUCGAGCGAUUCAAAAGAGACUACGACCCUUCAGUCCAAGCGGCGGCGCUCGCAGCCGUCGUCGCCCGCGGCUCUACGGCCGGUAAAAGUGUCUCUGGAGGCCAAGAGACAGUCUCUGGAGGCCAAGAGACAGUCUCUGGAGGCCAAGAGACAGUCUCUGGAGGUCAAGAGACAGUCUCUGGAGGUCAAGAGACAGUCACGUCGAGCCCAAAGAGACAGGAUGACCUCGCGGAAGUCGGCGCCUCGGAGGCGUAGAAGCAGGAGACCGGGGGGAAAUCCGAAGGAAAGAAACGAGUGGAUGCAAGGAGAGUCAAUCGGACAAGAAGGGGUGUUUUUUCAUCAAUGAGAGAAGACAUCGAGACAGCAUCGUUUUUUCAGAGACACAGGGGAUGUUGAAACGACAGAGGGAAAGCCUCGACGAAGAGGGUCAAGGAUUAACAUUCUUGAAAGCGUAUGUUGUCUGGGGAGGCGCUGAAAAGGAUAUUUGAAAGGGAAAUGGCACGUCGCGAGCGUCUAAUUUCUUCGGUUUCUAUUUUUUGUCUUUUCUCGAUGUGAGAGUGUCUGUUCAUUAGCUCUUGAAAACCUAUUUCUCUGCAUCCGUCUCUUCUCUGUGUCUCUCUUCUCUCCCAAAAGGGAGGUAUCAGUGUCAUCCGAUGUCAGGGUGCUUCCCUAGCUGCUUUCACACCAAACGGCUCCACCGACCCAGCGCCUGCUGUGCUUGUCAACAUACACAUAUAUAUACACCUCUAUUGACGUACUGGUUCACUUUUAUGCAGCGGCAUACAUACACAUACUUAUUGUUAUUACUGGUAUAUAUACCAUACGUAGAUCUGAGGGACCAGGUAUGUGACAAAGGAUGUCCCUGUUCAGCAAUUUGUUCGGCGCUUCGUUUCACCUGCGUCACGUGAAUUUCGAGGCGCUGGGAGGCGGGGCGUGUCUGUACACUCCGAAAACGCUUCUUCAGUUCGCUUUCUUUCUUCCAGAAACGCCAUUCGUGAUUGCCUGCCCUUUCAUGUCUUCCCCCUUUCCCUUCCCCCCCC